AUGAAGAAUGUAUUCUACACGUACCCUAACAACUCGUAUAAAAACGAAGAAUUAGAAAACUGGUUUUCUCUUAUGAGCACUAAUCAGAUCGAAAUUACAGGACAUCUACCGGAAGGAAAAUGGAAACCUUUGCAACCAGACUUCAACUAUCUCAAGCGCAUGGAACAAGGAGCUGUCAAUGUCCGGGAACGUACAGGAAUGGACAAGUACGAACGACGUGAUGACAACGUGGAGACGAAAGACGAUAGUAACUCGUCAGCUCGAGUUCAAGUUUCUGAUGAUACAGAUAUCUUCCUGCAACAAUCUCAGGAGCCAGUCUCUGAAACAUUUACCACUUCCAGACAGACCAAAGAAACAGAAGGACCUACAGGUUUCUCAUCUCACAUGGAACUCUAAUCUUUUAAACUUGGAACUAAAACGUUACUUAAAUCGUACAGCGUUUAAAGAAAUAUUAAUAGUUAUCCCCC